CAAGUGUAGUUUGUAUAUUGUUUUUAUUUAAAAAUGGACGCUUCAUUGGGAUGGGACAAGAGUUUGCGUCUAAUGUGUUUACCGACUUCGUAUAAUGAGUAUGAUAUAUUUAUUUAGCAAUUAUAGCCUAUUAUCUAAUAUUUAUUCAUUUGUUACUGUAAAAGUAAAAAAUGUUUCAAGAAUCAGCAACUGAAGUAGAGGCAAAAGUGUUUCAGCACAAAUUCGUUGAUCAAAAUACAAUAUUACACGAAUAUGAAUCAAUUAUUACUUCGUUAAAAGAAGAAUUAGGUAAUUGUAAGUUGGAACAAAAUAAGCUUCGUUCGCUAAUCGAAAGUCUUCAGAAAGAAAAUAAAAAUGCUAAUGAUAAUAUUAAUCGGUCUUUGGCGGAGUGCAAUCAUGAAAAAUGUGAUAGUGUUAUUUAUGAUCAUGAAGCUAUAACGAAUCUUGAGAAAAGAAUUACAAUUUUACAAAUGGAAAAAGAUUCUGUUUUUCAACUUUGGCAAAUGUCUUUACAAACUAUCGAUGCUAUGGAGAAUGAACUUAAAACUAUUUACAAAAAAGACACAAGUGCCACAGAGAAUCCACAAUUUUAUCAAGAACAAAUAAAUAAUAUUAAAGAAACGUACUCAGAAGCAAUAAUUACACUUGAAUCAAAACUUGUAGCAGCUAAAGAAAAUUUUUUUACCCAACAAACGGUAUGCGAAAAGAGUAAAUACAGAAUCGAGCAAUUAAUUCAAGAAAAAAAUGAUAUAAUUCAACAAUUAAGUAUUUAUCAGCAACAAUCAAUGGAAAAAGAAUCGAACCUUAAAGAAACGAUAGAUUCAUUGAAAGGAAAUCUAGGUGAAGCUAAGUAUGAUUUGAAACAAAUCAAGCAAAUAAAAAUAGAUUUAGAAAAGAGGUUAAAACAAGCCGAAAAAUAUGCAAUUGUUAUGGCUUCAAAAGAUCAUGAAGCUAAAACUAAAGUGUCGGAAGCUGUUGAUUUAAUAGAAUCUGCAGUCAAAGAAAAAGAAGCUAUUUUGAGAAGGGAAGCAAGAGUAAUUGAAGAAAAAAUGAAACUUGAAUUACACCUAUCCAAAUUAUCCGAAGAAUAUAAAGCUCAUUUGGAAGCAGAGAUGCUUAAAGUGAAAGAAACUUAUAAUAAAAAUAUUAAAAAAUAUUUAUUAGAAAUAAAGGAAUUGAAGUCAGAAUUAAGAGAGCAGGGUACAUUACUGGAUAGAUCACAAAGAGACUAUAGGCUAGUUGAGGAAGAAUUAGAAAAAUUUAGACAAGGCUCGGAUAAUUUAUUCUCUAAAUCAAAUAUGAAAAUUUCCAAUGGUGAACAAAAUUUACAAAGAAACGAAUGUACAUUACAGACAAAUGAAGAUAAUUGUAAAAAAGCUAUUUAUGAUGAAAGAAUUCAAUUUUUAGAACAGAAGAUUGGUAAUUUACAAGAGAAGCUGUCUAAUACCAGUGAAAGAUUGAGAUUCUUUCAAUUUCAGAACUUAAAUGGUUCGGAAGAUCAUACGAGAGAAGGAAAUGAUCACACAAGAGAAAUUAUGGAAAAAUGUUCAAAUUUUGAAAGGCAGUUAUCUCGAGCACUUAUUGACAAAGAGUAUUUAAGCAAUAAUUUACAUGCAUUAGAAAUGUCGUUUGAGAAAGAAAUACAAAGAAGAAAUCAUGAAAAAAUUUUACUCGAAAGUAAAGUUCAUGAUUUACAGGAGAAAAUUACAAAUACAGAAAGAUCUAUUCAUUUAACAAAAACAUUAUCUGAUUGUACAUUGGAUAAACGAAAUAACGAACAACGAACGUUGAUAAACCUCAAAUCAAUUGCAAGUAUGGCACUGCAAGAGAAAUUCGAUAAGAAAACGAGGGAAUUAACUCAUCACGUUGAAACUCAUCAAAAAUUGAGCAACAAAUGGAAAGAAGAAGCUAAUUCACUUACGUCAAAAUUUGAAAAACGUACCGAAGAAUUUAAAACCAAAAUUAGUAUUUUACAAAAACAAAAUGAUAAUCUGACUAGAGAAUUACUCUUUUAUCAACAACUUCUUGCUCGUUGUAAUACACAAUUUGUUGAAAAUUAUAAUAGAAAUAUGGAAAAUCGGUGACCUUUGCUCAAAAGUACACUUACACAGUUAAAACAGUAACAUAAUUUAUUUUUAAAAUACAUAAUUUUGUUACAUAAAAAAA